UUAUCCCAAAAAGCUGUUGCUUUGAGGAAGUCGUGGACACAUGACAUGUCUUGCGAAGAGGACGGAGAUGAAUCAGAGUAUAAUCCAGACCAGGAUGAGGAGUCAAGUAGUGAUGAAAGUAGUGACAAAUUUUCAGAUCAUGAAGUGGUGCGAGGUGAUUCAGAUGAAGAAAUUGUGGAAGAGGAAUCAGCCAAUAUCAAUGUGAACAAAUCUGACCAGUCUAAAAAGAAAAAGCGUCCAAGCAAAGCGAGGAUUAAAAAAGAAUGCCCAGUACCCUACUGUCAUAAGAUUGUUGUUCAUCUGCCAAGGCAUUUGCGAAAAGUGCAUGAUUGGCCAAAACAUCAAGCUCGUGCUGCAGUAUUGCGGUUUAAUUUACGUAAGAAAUAUUCCUUUUCAACUGCAGAGAGUGCAGCUGCUGGCAAUAGGAAAGGGAAAACAAACGCUGAUGAGCACGGGCAAAAGAGGUGCAACAAGGAUUACCACAAAAAGAGAUGUUGUCCAAUGGUAGGGUGUUCUGCAGUGGUCAAAAGGUUACCUUCACAUUUGCAAACUGUUCAUGGUUUCAGUCCAAAGUCAUCAAAGUACAAGGCCUUGUUAAGUAAAGCUCUUCCACAACCCAAAAGGCCCUAUUCAGUUCAGAUGAUUGAAAAGAGGGCUGCUGCUAUCAAGAAAAUUGAAUUAGAACCACCUAUGCCUGAUAUACCUGUAGUGGAUACUGUGGGAAAUGAUGAAGAUGAAGAAAUGGACUUGGAAGAUUUUGAACAAACUGAGACUUCAAGCACAUGUGAUGAUGUGAUUUUAAUUGAAGAUGAUGUGGAUAGCAGUGAGAGUCCUGACCCUGAAGUGUUAGUCAUGCUUGCCAAUUGGUUACAAUCACCGGAUGGAGGUAAAAAAGAUGAGAAAACAGCAAAGCAACAUGUGUCACAGAUAAAAAACAUUUUAUCUCUGAUUGAUGCUGAAAGAAGGGUAAUGUCGCUUUUCGAUUGCUCCCUACUGAAUGAAAAAUUCGUAAAGUAUGCGGAACAGAAGUACGUCCCUCAAACAAUCAAAUCGUACUUCAUGAGCCUGCGUCAUUUCUACAGCUAUGUUUUAGCAGAAAAGCCAGUAAUUGAUGCCACAACUGAGCUGGUUACUCAGAUGAUGGAAAAGGUAAAGAGAUGGUCUUCUUCCUACAAGAGAUCUAGCCAGAAAAGAAAGUGGGAAAAGAUGGAAGAAGACAGGGUUGAACUUGUUACACCUGAAAAAAUCCAGCAGUUUGAAAGAAGUCAGGCUGCCAGGGAUGCUGUCAUUUUGCUGGGAAAAAUGAGUGGAGCACACAGCAUUGAGAUCACCCAAAGUCAAUAUACUCUUCUGAGGGACUUUCUUCUAGUGCAAAUUUCGAUCGACAAUGCAAACCGGGCAGGAGUGCUGUCAAACAUGACUGUGGAAGAAUUUGAACGCGGUUACAAAGAAGAUGACAGAUUCAUUAUGAAUGUUAUGAAACAUAAAACAUUUCAUGUCCACGGCCCAGCGCAAGUCAUCCUCACUGGCAAUCUGCAAAACUGGAUCAGUAUCUUUAUAAAACAAGUGAGAUCGAAGCUGCCAUAUAUUACAGCAGAGAAAGAACAACCACUGUUCCCAUCUUGGAAUGGAAAGAAAUUGGAAUCAGGCCAAAUUAGCAAAGCUAUUCAGUCCGUUUGGAAAAAGGCUGGAAUUGCAGGACCAAUCCACAGCACACUCUUCAGAAAAGGUGCAGUAACAGUGUGUCACAGCAGCCAGAAGGAAAUGACCAGUGACCUCGCAGACUUGAUGGCUCAUAAAGAAGAUACUGCAAAGAGGUAUAGAGUACUAUAUUACUUGUUACUAGCUUUUCAAUCAGUAUAUUAUUUUGUUUGGAACAAAUUUUUAGAUUUUCGAUUUUCAAAUUUAUUGUGGCCUUUGGGUACAUGUACAUGUAUUUACAUUGUAUUAGGCUGAGAGUUGCUCUAUCAUUUUAAAGUGCAGUUUUACAAGAAUUAAGGCAUUGAGCAAUUUCUUAAAUGUUUGAGACUCUUGGAUCAAAUUUUGUGGUGAUCAAACACGAAUUAUCAAAGUUACAAGCGAUUAUCGCAAGCCUUGCGAUUUACAAAAAUUAAGAUUACUUUUUCAUAUGCUACAUGUUGGAUGAAUUUUUUUUUUUCGUUAAGGCCUCAAGCAAGCCCUAAAAGUUAAAGUUUACUCAAGGCAACUUACAGGAAAAUCUGUACCAUAUAUUUCCUAAAUAAGCAACUUCUUUAUUUUUUUCUUUAAGCUCAUUGUGGUUUACAAAAUUAUUCUGUGUUGUUGUGGGUCAAGGUGCUUGUUCUAAAUUCCAAACAAAUUUAUGCAACUUUCUUCUGUUUGGAAUAACUAUGCUUUCGAACAUGUUAUUCCCAAAGGUGAUGGACAAAACACUGACCCCCAGUCCAUGAACUACCCCAAUGGACUAGCUAAAUGGGCUACCUUAAAAUUGACUACCCCUUAAAAUAAUAUUUCCAAUGUG